GGAUGAUGAGCUAGUAUGUACUGUUCAGCCCAUAAUGGAUUACAAUGAUUUCAUGAAUCACACCCUUGGUUUGGAAAUUCCUGAAGAUUUCUUUUACCCAAGAGAUGACCUAAAAUGUGAACCCUUGUUUGGAAUACUUCGAACUAUCAAUUAUCCAGUUGGUGCUAGUUAUGAUGACAUCUUGGACUCUUGGAGAACUAGGGGUCGAUACAACAUAAUGAAGACCAAAGUUACUCAAGCUGAUCCUUCAAAUGUUGAAGUCUUUCACUAUGUGGGAGAGACAAAGACUCUGGUGUUGCGAGUGUGGGAUUCUCCUCAGCAACU